AUGUCAUCCAAUCAUUUUCCUGUCAUAGCACCUAGUCACCCGUCGGCUCCUAAAGCCGACGUAAAUGGUCGACCAAACGGCGCCUCCGAGGAAACUGAUGGCAAUCUGGCUAAUACCAAAGCAUCUACUCCGUCCAGCCGACGUGGCAAGAGGCCCAAACUUGUGGUCGAUCCCCCGGUAGACUCUGCGGAUGCUACGCCUGGUCUCGGCACACCUGCCUCUGCCUCUGCCUCUGCUCAAAAUCUUGAUGAUGCUCUUCCUUCAGAUGCACCUCGUGAUCCUGCACAAGAGGCGGCGAAGAACCCGAAGCGACUACCUGGAAGACGCCGGGCUCCACAUGCUGACAUCAACAUUGAAGCAAACCUUCGCCGGCAGCUUCAACUGAAGACGGCUUAUAGAAGCGUCGUUAAAGCUCUGAAACCUGUUCUUGCUGAGCUUGCCCAGCGGUCACUCGACGAUUUGCAAAAUGAACCCACUGCGCAUGAAAAGGUGGAUCAGUAUCAUACCGUCAAGGCAGCACUUGAUAAUCAGCUCAAAGAACGCCUGGCCACGCUGGAACGCACCCGCGAAGUCAAGUUAGCGAAAAUCCAGCGACAGUACGAUAGUGAAUACAUCGUCAAAAAGAAGGCAUGCGAGACGGCAGUCCGCGAUUUGCAGGAGGAUCAUUUACUUCGCUGCAAAAACCAGCUGCUUACGAUCAACCGGGGGGCAUCUACCGCUGGUGAUGAAGAGGCAACCGAGGAUGAGGAUGAUCUUGUUCCUCAUCUAAGAGGCAUGCAGUAUCCCAACCAACAGACAGGCUACCUUCCCGAGAAGUUUGACUCCCGUAGCCGAUGGUUCAUCCAGACCCAGGAGCUGUGGCAGCGCAGCGAAAACAACAUCGCCUUCCGCCAGCAGUGGCGGGCCUUCCUGGAGAUGAACAAAGACGACUUCAACCGAGGAGCGUUAGAAAAUGUUGAAGGCUUUGCUGUGUUUGAUACCAGUCAUCGCGAAUAUGCGACUGCUGUAUGGAACAUUAAUGAGCUUGCCGAAGCCGCAAACGUCGCGCAAGAGGAGCUGUCUAGAGCAGGUCGGAUGGUCCCCAACGCCGAAGCAACGGCUCUGCAAGCUCUCGCAGCACUUGCCGAAUCGGCGCCCCCGGCCGUGCCAGUAUCCUUGCUAGUUCGCGCGUCACCAGCUCCGGUAGCGACGCCGCGCCUGACAAAGGCAAAGAUCCAAGCGACUCCAGGCAGUGUCGGAAGUACGCCUAUGCGGCUUGCGUCUUCGAGUUCCAGCCCUGUGAAGGGGGAGGAUCCGACUGCAAGGCGGAAGAUUUCCUCCAUUGAAGAAGUCCAGCAAGCGUCUGGAAACGACCUGACUGUGAACGGCAUCGCCGGGACAGCGGAUGUCCCAUUGUCUGUCAAACCAACAUCCAACAGGAUCAUGGACUUACUCAACAAGGACCCGGAGCAGGCUGGCCAUACCGAGAAGUCUACUGCCCCGAGGCGUCCCACAGACACCCAUUCUCAUAAGGCUGCAAGUGAGGUGCAACGACCAGAAGUUAAUGUCAUUCCACUUGACACGCAGCAACAUACGGCAGAUGUGCCAAAUCAGACCACUAACGGGGCACCGCAUGCCGAGGAUAGACGUGUCGAGAGGUCGGCAUCUGGAUUCUGGUCCACGGUGAACCUUGCAUCUCAUCGGGCACCUCGUCGACCGCCCAGCCCUGACAAGAACCCAAUAGCGAAGUUGCGGCAACUGAGCCAAGCCUUAUUCAGGCGAAAGACGCCGGAGAAGAGCGAAGAUAAUCGGGCCCGGUCACCCGUACGGCGAGAUCCCAAUAGCAAGACCAAAAUCCUUAUUCGGCAAACGCUGGCCGACAGCGAAGUGAAAGCCAUGGUGAGCCUCGUCGAUCUACCUGGGAUAGUUUCAGGAGAGCUAGCAUCGCCGUACCUCAGCAAUACGAACCCCCAAGAGGUUCACCUCAAGGCACAAUCUAUCCACCUGCCGCCUCAUACGGGAUCACAGGAAGACUACCACCAGCCUACAGUGUGCCGUACAGCGGGCCGACACUGGCGCCUCAACCGCCUGGAGGGCCUCCACUCGCACCCGCACCGGCCCCACCACUACCAGGCUACCACUAUCAAGGACCUCAUCCUCCUCAAUCGUACGACGCAUAUGGUCGCCCAAUCGCGCCUUACCCUCCCCAAGCACAGCCAGCGCCGUACCCAGCUCCACAGCAGCAGCUCAACCCCUAUCUAG